AUGGCUGCCAACCAAAGAGACGGGGUUAACAACAAUGAUGGUCAAAAUCACAUCGCUCAGGACCAAAAUGUGCGAGCAUUAAGAGAUUAUGUGCUCCCUGCUGUCACAGGAGUACACUCGUGCAUUAGGCCGCCGACUAUUACUGCCAAUAACUUUGAGAUUAAGCCGGCGAUGAUACAAAUGGUCCAGACUUCUGUUCAGUUUGGUGGUCUCCCCAAUGAGGAUCCUAACUUGCACAUAGUGAAUUUCCUUGAGCUAUGUGCAACGUUUAAGUUUAAUGGGGUGAGCGAUGAUGCAAUAAGGCUGAGAUUGUUCCCUUUUUCACUAAGGGACAGGGCAAAAAGUUGGCUUAUUUCUCUACAGGCCAACUCAAUCAAUACAUGGGAGGAACUAGCUCAGAAGUUUCUCUCAAAGUUCUUUCCUCCUGCAAAAGCUGCUAAGUUGAGGGGAGAAAUCAAUAACUUCUAUCAGAAUGAGGGAGAGUCAUUGUACGAUGCAUGGGAAAGAUUCAAAGACCUGCUCAGAAAAUGCCCUCAUCACGGUAUAGAGAAGUGGAUGUUAGUCCACAAUUUUUAUAAUGGGCUUUGCGGUACUACUCGCACUAUAAUAGAUGCAGCAGCAGGUGGUGCUUUCAUGAGUAAAGGGGCUGAUGAGGCAUAUGAAUUGUUAGAGGAGAUGGCUAUGAACAAUUAUCAGUGGCCUGCCGAAAGAGACACUUCACAGAGAAAAGUAGCCGGGGUACAUGAAUUAGAUGCUAUAACUGCUUUAACUGCUCAGGUUGCUUCAUUGACAAAGCAGUUGCAACAAAACAAGAUCUCAGCUCAAGCCCAGGCUAUACAGAUGCAAUCAGGGUGUGAAAUAUGUGGAGGGCCUCAUUUAUAUGAACAAUGUACAGCGGCCAACAUGUAUGGUAAUAUGCCAGUUAAUCAGGCUCGGGUACAGGCAGUUGGUAAUUUUCAGAGGCCUUAUCAGAAUCCAUUCUCCAAUACUUAUAAUCCUGGGUGGAGAAAUCACCCAAAUUUCUCAUGGAGAAACAAUCAGGGCCAACAGUCACAGUUUCAAGGGCCAUACCAGCAGAACAUGCCACAACAGCCUAUGAAUCAAGCCUCAUCGUCACACUCCCCCAAACUUGCUCCAGGAAGAAAAGAAACAAUGGCAUGGCACUUACUUGCUAAUGUCAUCAAGGUGGUCAUCAAAAUCUACCACGUCUUGCCAUUUUUCAGUUGA